AUGCAUCACACGACGCCGAACCCGCUGGGCCCGACGCCGCGGUCGAAGCCCACGUCCAAGGCGGCGAGCCCGCUGCCGCUCACCGCGCUGACGGACAGCGGCGCGUACAACAACGACGGGAUCGGACACUCGCUCGUGGGCGCCGCGUGGUCGAUACCGACCGGCCUCAGCGCGUCCGAGGAAGCGAUCGCGCGCAAGGAGACGCUCCUCCUGCGGAGAGAGACGCACACGCUCGCGAAGCGCGCGAAUCACGUCGACGACGUGCUGUCGCAGAUGAAGCAGGACAAGAAGGGGACGACGCGCGCGCUCGAGGCCAAGGCGCGCGAGGCGAAUUUCCUUCGACGAGAGGUCGAGCGCGUCGUCGCGGAGAGAGACGCCAUGGUCGCGAGCGUGAGCGCCGACCGCGCGUACAUCCGGCGCUUAGAGCACAAGAUGACGGCCGGCGGGCCGGACAACGCGGAGCGAUGCGCGACGCUCCGCGCGCGCGUCAAGGAGCUGAAGGACGCCGUCGCCGCCGUCAAAGCGUCGGAGGCGGAGAAGGCGGCGGAGAUCGAAUCCCUCCGCGGAGACAAGGCGUCGCUCGCGCACGCGCUCGAACUGAGAGCCGCGCAGCUCAGCGCGGAGGGCGGCGGCGACGUCCCCUCGCGCCUGCUCUACGCCGUCGCGAAAGGGAGAGAGGAGGCGGUCUCGCUCGCGGUGCAACUCGCGGAGAAGCACGACGCGUUGACGCGAGAGAAGGAGGAGUGCGAACGCCUCCGCGUGCGCUGCGAAGAGUGCGAACGCGCGAAAGAGGACGCGAUGAUGGAGGCGGCGCGCGUGCACGCGAACGUGAGCGACUUGGACAAGCGGACGGCGGCGCUGAAGACCACCGCGGAGGCUGAGGUGACGGACGCGCACGAGGCGUUGGCGAAGGCGUCCGAGUUGGCGUUGCAGUUUGAACGCGAAACCGUGACCCUACGCGCGGCGUUGGACAAAGAGAAGCUGCACUCGCGGUCGUUAGAGCUCGCGCUCGGGGAGACGGAGACGGGCGUGAGCGAGGAGCUGGAGGGAAUGAAAAAGGAGAUGGACGCCGCGGUCGCCGCGACGGAGGCGGAGGCGGCGAAGGCGACGCGCGAAGCCGCCGCCGAGCGCGACGAAUGGCGGCUGAAAGCGGCGCGGCUCGAGGCUGAGCUCGAGGCGGCUCGAAAGAUCGCCGCCGCCGCGGAAGAGGCGAGCAAGACGCACGACGGCGUCGCGGCGCGCAGGGCGGAGAUCGCGGAGGCGGAGGCGGCGCGCCGCGCGGAGCAGGCGGAGGCGCUGGAGGAGGAGGCGGGGAAUCUCACCGCGCAGAUCGAAGCCUUCGCCGUCGUCAACGCGCGUCUGCAAGACGCCGCGGCGUCGGCGCAGUCGCGCUUCGACGCGGAGGUGGCCAAGUGCGCGAACCUCCGCGCGCAGGUGCAGACGCUCGAGGCGCAGAUGGCGGCGACGCGCGCGGAGAAGACAACGGGCGAGGGCGACUUGAAGAGGAAACUGCGCGGCGCGUUGGAGGAGCUGGCGACGGUCAUCGCGCAACGCGACGAGCAGAGGCUCGCGCUCAAGGAGACGAUGAGCCGGUGCGCGAGCGCGAUGGCGCGAGCGGACCGCGCGGACGCGAACGAGAGCUCGUUGAAGAGUCUCGUGGAUAACCUCACGCGGAGCAAGACGCUGUUGCAGGAGACGAUGGUGGAGCAGUUGGCGUCGGUGCGGACGCAGUUGGAAAACGCGCAGGCGCAGAACGCCGAGCUGGAAGCGGCGGUGACGCGGCAGCGGAUCGCCGCGGAGAAACUGCAGGGGCUCGUCGCGGACCGAGGGUCGUUCACGCCCGUGGCGUCGCCGAUGUCGCCGUCGCCGCGGUGA